GAUCUAAAAAUUGUACAGUUUGUACUGCUGUCUUUGUAUCGCUGCAAGUAGUACGGUUAAUAUAUAUAUCUCUCGGAUUCUAGUCUUUGUGCUUGUGAACUGAAAGUCUGUGAUAUUAUGUUAAUGUUUUAAUUAGUGACUUCGUGAUUCUGCAUUCUGACUUUCAACCAAUAUAUUUAAGAUGGACUUGAAGAUUAAGAUAUAUUUUAUCCAGGUGGUUUUCCUUGGUUUUUGGAUUAAAUGUGCAAACUCUGGAAACGCAGAAACUUGGGUAAACGAAUGUGGUUGUUGCUUUGGAGAUGAGAAUCUUGCACAUGGGGAAGUGGUUCUUUCAAUGCCUGAAACUUGCAGACAGCUAGUCUGUAACAAUGGAGUGGUUGAACUGCAGCGCCACGGCAACCCAGGAGAUAAAAAUUGUUGUGAAUUUGCUGGGAAGCUGUACUCUGAUUGCUCGGUGUUAACUGGCCAUUGCUUACCCUUAAGAUGUAACAAAGGGCAGUGGGUUCCCACUGGAAAUAUUGAGGCAUGCUGCAAGUCUUGUCAGUUAUAUGAUGACCCUCAUAUAAGUACUUUCGAUGGUUAUCGGUAUGACUGGCAUGGGCACUGUAACUAUUCAUUGGCUCAGAAGGGUUUCGGCUAUAGACCACAGUGGGGAGUGUUUAGUGAUUUUAGAGCUUGUAAUGGAUUGGCAUCUUGCCUUCAUCGCACUACCUUCAAAGACAAUCGUCAUACGGUCAUUACCCUGGAUAGCGGAGCUGUAACUACAUUGCGUGUUAAUGGAGAAGAAUUCACAGUUCCGGAAGUGGGGGUGCAUCCUGUACAGUCUUCAUCUGGUGAACAUCCUGUUCUUGCCUGGCGCACUGGUCAGUGUGUUGUCUUACAAGGCUCCUCAAAAAUUGCUAUCCUUCAUUGUCAGCACAGGAUUGAUAUAUGGGCAUAUCCUAAUCAUGCAGAGAACACAGAGGGUCUUUGUGGGCAGUUUGACUUUCAUGUCAACAAUGAUUUCACGGCUCGUAAUAGGACUGUAUUUCCUCUGCAGUACAGACCUUUUGCAUAUCCACAUUCCUGGCUGACUGAUAUCCAAAGUAAGCGGUUUUGUGGCAAUCUUUGCCCUACAUGUGCUCAAGAAGCAACGGCAAACUUGUGUGGAGCUCGAGAAUUUGAGUUGAACCAAUACAGGACUUCUUGUUUAGAAGCUCUUCAGGAUGUAAUUAGCAAUAUACCAAACCUAGGAAUCUAUGUUGAAACCUGCACAUUUGACAUAUGUAUGAUGUAUCAGAAUGGAGAAGGUGAUCUGUCUGUGAAGGAAUGGCUGAGAGAGCUUAGAAAGAAUGCAGCUAUUUCCAGACAACUACUAGAAAGUGUUGGAGGUGAUGCGAGAGGGAAUGCACUGAAACUUAAUAAAGUGGAUCCCGAUCUAAUACUUCCAUGUGGAUCAGGCUCGGUUAGCCCUGUAACUGCAGACAUUGUUACAGUGCAUAGGAGUGAGAUAGUAGGGUACUUAACCACAAUUACUGGCACUACAAGAGUAACCACAAUUCCAAUUACUGAAACAGUCACACAAGUAUUUGGUAUUCCAACGACAACAACAUUUACAUCGCUUUCAACACUGACAAAUUCUAUUACGCUAACAUCAACUACAAUUCUUGCAACAUUUACUUUUUCAACUACAACCACUGCUAUUGUGACCACAACAUACAGUUUUGUGACAUCAACAUCCACAUAUCAAACAACAGUGCUUAGCAUUACAAGGCCUGUAUUAACAAGCUAUGUUGCAUCAACUACAAUAACCUCUCAGUACCUUUCAACUGUUGUUAUACCUGUCACAACAACAAUAACACUCCCCACUCCAACUUCAUUCAUCACGGUUACUCAACCCAUCACAUACUUCUCUCAAGUUGUUGAAACUAAACCAGUGCUUGUAACAGUCGAGACCACCCUGACUGUAACUAGGCCAGUAACUACAACCAUUUACAGUGAAACUACUGUGACUUUCUUAUCAACAGCAGUAGUUAGUUUCACAAGUACAACUACUGUAGUCAGUCCUGUAGUUACAACUUUGACUAGUUACCUGAUGCUUACUGCCACAACUGUGACUAGACCAAUUAUUAUUACAACCACAGUCCUUCAGACAACUACUACUCUGACAGUUCAGACAGUUACCACGUUGACUACAGUUUCAAUUGACAGACCAACUUUGACUGUCAGAACGACAGUGACAACUAGAACAACUCUUACAAGUCCAGUUAUAGCUACACUGACAACAUUUACAAACACCAUUGUCAUGACAAGAAUAACUGAAACUACUACUACUACUUUAACAGUGAUAUCUUUGACUAGACCUAUCACUACUACAAUCUCUACAACAACGGAAUACUUGACAUUUGUCAACCCUGUAAUUUCUACUGUUACUUCAAUUAACACACUUGUAGUUACUACUGUUACAACUAUUGAAAAUAGAAUAACUACGCUAGUAACACAAACUAUUACUACAACAGUCACAAGACCAGUUACUGUGAGUUCUACUACUAUUACAACUCUAACAACUAUACAGUUAACUGUACCUACAGUUUCAAUUAUUGAUUACACAACUUCCACACUGACAAAUGUGAUCCCUACCACUGUCUUGUUGACUACUACUAGUACAGAGACCUCGGUUACUGUUGUCACUAGUGUUAUAUUAACAACUUUUGCUGAAUUAACCACAGUUACUUCAACAAUUUUCCCAGUAAUAACCACAGAAACUGUAUUAACAGUCACUAGGCCAACUGAAAUUACUUCGACUAUUGUAUCCACCAGCACCACAGUCACACGGCCAGUAAUAACUACAGUUAUUACAGUUAGUAGCUUAAGUACCAGUACAUUGAUAAGCCCUGUUACUACUGUAAUAACCUCAAUAACAGAACUGACUGUUCCUGAACUUAUUGUAGAAACUUCAACACUAACUACUAUAGUUACGACUACUUCAACAUUAUCGGCUACUUCAACAUUCUUUACUACACUAACUGUAACAAGACCUGUAGUUUCAACAUAUACUGUUCUGUCCACUAUAUCUGUAACAACAGUACAGACUGUACUCACAAUAGUAAGUGAAGUAACCACAAUUGGGACACUACCCGUGGGCUAUGCAGUAACUUCCACUAUAACCUUGUUUAAAACUGUUACAGGAACAAGGUCCACUGUAAUAACAAAAUCAACAUCGUCUACAGUCAUAUUCCCUGUUACUACCACAACGUUAGUUACAUUGAACACAGUUACUACAGUGAUAACCUACAGUACUGAAAGUGUAAUUACUAGGCCAGUUACAUCUACUUCAACAAUAACUGCUGUAAUCACGAGAACAGAACCAACUACUGUAGCAGUCACUAGUACUACAGUUACAACACGGUUUUCUCCAGUUGUGGUGUCUAUAAUCUCAUCAACCACAAAUGUCAUUACUCUGAAUAAUCCAACUACGAUAAUUACCACAACAUUAUCUAUAACAAACACGGUAACUAGGACUACUUCAUUUGUUACUUUUACAACUAUAUCAACAAGUGCAACAGAGGUGACAUUAACUAUGCCAACUGUUUCUCCUAUGACUACUUAUACAACAAGCACAACUUACACUACCUUAACAGUUGUGAUUUCAUUAACCAGCUUAAUUACCACUACAGUUCGUCCCACAGAGACGCUCUAUACAUUCCCAGUACAAUAUUCUAAUACUUACAGCAUCGAAACUUUCACGAGGAAUAGAGAGUAUGUUGUGCCAGUAGUGGUGAUACCCACUCCAUUGACUAAACCAGUGUGUAUGACUGUACCAACUACUUAUUAUCCAUGUCUUUUAAGUUAUACACCUUCCAUUCCGUAAACUGUAUAAAUUGUGUAAUAGCUAGAGUACAGUAGUAAAGUUCUUUUAAGGGAUUUAGUGCAUCAAAGUAAUUUUGUUCUUGAAUGAUUUAGCAGCCUUCAGGUUUAUGUAAAUUCCAUGCUAACACAAGAACAAGAAUUUUAAAUCUUUUUAUGUGAGCUAAUUUAAUAUAAAGGAUCUUAACUA